AACUGAUUGCAUUAUAGUGACAGCUCUUUAACUACUUGCCUGUGAUAAGGUUUGCUCUGCUGUAUUUGGCGUCUCAGGUUUCAAGUCUGAUCCUGUAUCCUGUAGUUGUUUUUCUCCACAUAGCAUAGCAUAGAGUCAGUGUGGAUGGACAUACAGUAGAGCUGUGGCAUGAGAAAGAAUCAACGGUGUUGUAUUGGAGCCAUAAAGAAAGACUUGAAGAAUGAACAACAGUGAAGAGGAAAACUGUCCAAUCUGUCAGACAUCACUAGACAUCCAUGAAACAGAGUUUGGGAAUCCUGCCGUGUCCAAACAGAGGAGAAUAAUCCACUUCUCCAGUGGUGAAACUCUGGAAGAAGAAGACAGUGAGGAGGACGAGGAACCGUCAUCAAACAGACCUCCCUUCAGAGAACCUGCAGAGAAGACUAGGUUCUCAUUCAAGAAUGUGGCCAUUCUAGUUGGAAGGAUUUCACUGCUGACUUGCGAUUUCCUUGGAGAGAGACUAGCUGGUGCACUAGGACUGAAUGCAGCCAAAUACCAGUAUGCCAUAGAUCAACAUCAUCGUGACCACAAGAAAACAAACAGCCAAACCACAAACGACCUCAUGAAAGGACAGGCAGAGACCAUCCACCUCUCUCCCGAAAGAAAUGGGAGUCAUUAUGGAGCUACAGGAGGUGUAAGAUGCCCUACUGAUUCCCGGAAGAGCUGUGAUGAGAAACAUAAGGACAGAAAUUCUGAAGGAUAUCACAACAGAGGCUAUCAAGUAGAUGAGGAUUACUUGGAAUAAAACUAAAAGAAGAAAGCAAUGAGGGCAAUGAAAAUGAAAGUGCACUUUGUAAAAAAUAUUGCAAUAAUGCUUGCUUAAAGUAUGGUGGUGCUGUUUGUAGUAUGGUAAUGUUACAACAAAACUAUGUGAAGAAAAAAAUCACACCAACAAACUUAAAGAUUUCAGUCUGUGGCUAAUGCUGUAAAGGAUGGUGCAAGAUUGCAAUUUUGUUUAUGUGAUAACCAAAUAAAUCGAGUACCCUGUCGUGAACGCAUAAA